AUGUCAGUCCAAGGUCCGGGGAUAGCAGACCUGGAAAAAGAACUAGUCUGCUCAAUCUGCACCGAACUCCUCUACCAACCCCUAACCCUCCUGGACUGCCUCCACACCUUCUGCGGCUCCUGCGUGAAAGAAUGGUUCAAUGCCCAAGCCUCGCGACGACCCUCCCCGAGAUUCACCUGUCCCUCAUGCCGCGCCGAUGUCCGCGGAACUCGCCCAAAUGCCACGGUGACAACACUCCUCGAUAUGGUGCUGGGCGCGCACCCCGAUCGCGCUAGAUCGACAGAGGAAAAAGCGGAAAUCGCCCAGCGGUAUACACACGGCGAGUCGGUGUUUCCUGCGGUGCCUUCGGGCGGCGAGAGUGCGGAGGAGGAUGACGAGGACGAUAACCGCAUGUUGCAAGAAGUGCGGGAGCUAAGUCUCCGGGAAAGUCGGGCGCAAGCUAGACGGGAGACUCGGCGGACUGCGGGACAUUCGUCGCGGACGAGGGAAAGAAGUGGACAUACCGAGAGACAUGAGGAUGGGCGGUCGAGACGACGGCGGGAGGACGAUGCCCGACAAGGCACGUUACGGCCUGGGGAUUCCGAGCGGACGCGUCGUAUCGAGCACCAGUCUAGUCUGCGGUCACUGUUGAGUCUGUCGUCGGAUGCAGAGACAAUGGAGGAGGAGAUCUUGCGGCAGAUUCUUGAAGAGGGCUUGCUGGAUGAUAUCGAUCUUGAUAAUCUCGGACCUAGACAAGAGGAGGAGCUGAGUGAGCGCAUUGCGGAUGCGUACCGCCGGAGACAUAUGCAGGGAUCUGGCUCGAGACAGAGACAGGAGCGGAGACCGUCGCCCGAGGGGAGUGCACGAACGCGGACGAGGUCACAGUCGGCCCAGAGAGCGGAGGCAGCGCCUGCUCCGUCAUCUCGUGAACAUGGGGACAGACGACCACCGAUAUCUCGACCACAUUUGUUUGACUCGGCUCCGUCGCGGCCGAGUAUCUCGAGUCAUCAGAGGCGCAAUUCGGAGGUGACUGGGCGCCGACGGACUUCGCCUGUUCGGUCGAACCAGGCGUCUGCAUCGGAUGAGGCUAUACGGCCUGCUGUUCGGGCUUCGAGUGACAUGACCGCGGAUCGGGUUCUUGGUUCGCAGACUGCGAGGUUGAGAUCUGAAUCAUCUUCGGCUAGGACGCGGCGUGCUACUGAGUCGGAAAAUGUCUCUGGGGCAUGGAUGGCUGCAGGACGAGAACGAAGCUCUUCCAGGCAGGUCUCUAGUCAGUCUGCUACCAAUUCUCCGACUGUCGCCACGCCGGCAGACCACACCACUCAUUUGUUGUCAUCUCCACUCCGCCCAAUGUACAAUAUCCUGAACCGUCUAUUUCAUGUGACGGAUGUGGAAAAAGCGAUAUCCAAUACACCCUUCACAAGAGAUGCACACAGUGCAAAGGUGGAAACUUCCACCUAUGUCUACGCUGCUACCGCGAAGGACGGGGUUGUCUUCGAUGGGACGGAGACAUCCCAGCAAACAAUCAGCGGAGAGAGAGUCCUGACCAGCGAAAAUCCCGCCAGCCGCCUGCAAAGCGGCCUCUUCUGUGAUACGUGCCAAUCGCCGGCAAAUGACUGCUUCUGGAAAUGCAGCAAAUGUAACGAGGGAGACUGGGGCUUCUGCAACAGCUGCGUGAACCAAGGAAGAUGUUGUACUCACGCACUACUUCCCAUCCGACGCAUUGCCCACAGCCCGCCCCCAUCCACAUCAUCCAUGGCUGCAUCAGAACCAAAUCCAAAUCCACAACCCUCUGAAAUGGAGAGCUACAAGAUCCUCUCCUUCUCAACAAACUGCGACAUCUGCACAUACCCCAUCCCAGCCUCGAACACCCGAUUCCACUGCCUAGAAUGCAACCGCGGUGACUACGACGUCUGCACAAACUGCUACCUGAAACUCGUAGCCACUGGCAAGAUAAACAAAGAAAACGGCCACAACGGCUGGCGCCGCUGCUUAAGCAGCCACCGAAUGAUAAUCGUCGGCUUCGAAGACCGCGAAGAAGGCCAACGCCGCGUGAUCGUCCGCGAUUUAGUCGGCGGCCGCGCCCUAAAAGACGAGCAUGUCAUCCAAACUCAGUCCCAAUCCCAGUCCCAGUCACCAACCUCAUCCCCAGCCACAGGCGGCCCAGUCGCAUCCCCAGAACUGGGCAUAGGAGACUGGAGCUGGAAAGACGGACCAGAGCGCAGAAAGAAAGCCUCACGACUCCGAGCCGGUCCUCCAUCUUCUAUCCCCGGAACGAAUGUCUCAGCAUCCGACCUCUCAACCACUGCUUCGUCAAGUCCAAUCCAGAAUAUCCCACCUUUCCGUCGUUUCCCACCGGAUGGCGGUGUAGGCCUCAUCGUCCAUGCUUUGUGGGCUUUCUACCCUGAAGAUGAAGUUGAAGAUGAGCUUGUUUUCCCCCGUGGUGCGGACAUUACUGAGGCAGAGAAUAUUAACGAUGAUUGGUUUUGGGGGUGUUAUGCUGGUCGGACGGGCCUGUUUCCCGGUUCGCACGUUGAGGUAGUGCGUGAGGUUAAGUAG